CCAAGCUUUUAUUUUGAAGGCUAAAGCACGUUUCCCGCCGCCCCUUGUUGUUGCUUGGCAACUUGACGUCAACUGUCCGCGAGUUGUUUUGAUGCUUCUCGCUCGGCGAGAGACGCCCACGUGGUCGUGUCAACCAAUCAGAUGACGAGUCAGUUUUGACUUGAAAAAGUAGCCAAUCAGAGGCGCGCAGGGGGCGGGAACUGCCACAGCUGACAUCAUCAGAAGCCAAUGAGGUGAGGAGAAUGUGGAGGCUGGGCGGUGGGAUUGGCCAAUGGCGGCAGAGUGGGUGUGAGGCUGUCUUUCAGUCUGGAGGUUGAGCUCGGAAACUGGGAGAAAUCUGCGGCUCUGGAUCAGCUUUUUUCACUUUAAACCAGCUUGGUUUUGAGCCAAGAUGGCGGACAAUGAAUCACCAGUUUCCCUUUUUAGUUGGGAGCUCGGGGGCGGGGUUUAAACUGCAUCACAGCUGAUCUGGAGGCUUUCCCCCCCUUAAGUUGUUUUUUGCAGAGAAGAGCUUUGCAGAGAUUCACAGGGGGACCUCUCUUGUUUUCUUUCUUGUUGUUUUUCUAAAAACCUGACGCUUUUUAAAAACUAAACCCCAUUUUUUCCUGUCGGAUUUAAAUUUUAAACCCCCAGCGCUGCUUAAUUAUGCAACUUCUUUGCAGAAUAAACUGCUUUUAUCGCAAUUUUUCCCCCAAACACCCUUGUGUUUUUUGUCAUCAAGCCCGGGUCUGACCCAGUUUGAAUGUUUUCGCCUUGGCAGCAUCCAGAGAGGCUUCAGUGGAGAUGUUUCCGGUGAAUUCCCGUCUGUUUACCUCUGUGAAGGAGUCCCCUGGAGCUGCAAUCAUCUCCCCAACACUGGAGCUCAGCCUCACCGCCGUCUACACCGUCCUCUACUCCUUCCUGUUUGUCUUCGUUUACCUGCAGCUCUGGCUCAUUCUGCACUACGGACACAAGCGCUUCAGCUACCAGAGUGUGUUUCUGUUCCUGUGCCUGCUGUGGGCUGCGCUGAGGACGACCCUCUUCUCUUUCUACUUUAAAAAUGUGGUGCAGGCCAAGCAGCUGCAGCCUCUGGCCUACUGGCUGCUCUACUGCUGCCCCGUCUGCCUGCAGUUCUUCACCCUCUGCCUGCUCAACCUCUACUUCACACAGGUGAUGUUUAAGGCUAAAGCCAAGUAUUCCCCCGAGCUCACCAAAUACAAGGUUCCUCUGCGUUUGUUCUUCUUGUGUCUCAGUAUAUUUUUCUUGGUGGUGAAUUUAACGUGUGCAUUGUUGGUGCAAGGAGCUCUGGAGCGCUCCGAGUCACCCAGUGAAGGGGGUAUCAGACACGCGGUGCUGGCCCGGGUCCUUAUCAACGACAGCCUCUUCGUCCUGUGUGCCGUCUCGCUCGCCGUCUGCAUCUUCAAGAUCGCCAAGAUGUCGUCAGCCAACGUUUACCUGGAGUCCAAGGGAACAUCAGUGUGCCAGGCGACGGCCAUCGGGGCCGUGGUGAUCCUGCUCUACACCUCCAGAGCCUGUUACAACCUGGUGGUGGUGGCCCUGGCCCCCCAGGACCGGCCCAGCCCCUUCAACUACGGCUGGUACAGCGUCUCCGACCAGGCUGACGUGCAGGAGAUCAGCGGUGAAGCGUACGUCGUGUUCGGCAUCAUUCUGUUCUUCUGGGAGCUGCUGCCAACCAGUUUAGUGGUGGUGUUCUUCAGAGUGCAGAGACCCAACCAGAACCUGGCUCCAGGAGGGAUGAUCAACAGCCACAGCUUCAGCUCCAGAGCAUAUUUCUUCGACAACCCUCGGCGGUACGAUAGUGAUGACGACCUGUCCAGGAACAUCAACAGCCGGACCGAUCGGGCCAGCCUGCUCUCCACCACCCCCCAGCCGGGUCCCUCCACCUGGUACGGCUCCAUCCAACGCAACGGCAGCCUGACGGGCGUGGCAUCCACCCAGCAGCCGCCGUCCUCCACGGCGCCGCUCCUCUUCGCCUACGGGAACAUCCAGAGCAACGACCACCACCACCACAACUACUACUCCACCCCGCAGAACAACAACUACCACCACCACCACCACACUAACUUCUACUCCACGCCUCAGAAUUAUUACUGCGGCUCGCAGACCUAUUUCUGCACGCCACAGAAUUGAGCAGGGUCCAGUUUCCUGUGUUUUCCUCACCGUUAUGUUUUCCCCAGAUACAUCAAAGCAGGUACUUUUGAGAGAUAUUCUGAGGCGAAGCUCCGGACCGUGUUGGCCGUAAAACAUUGGCUUCAGGAGAAAUGUGGUGGCACCAGUCACGCUUUUAAGGACUUCACUGUAAAUGGCACGAAUGGACCAGAAUAAAUGCCAUGGACCAGGUUUAGCACUAAUAUGGCUAAUACACCCAAAAGACCAAACUUUUUGUUCUGUUAAAUGUUUUGGUCAGUUAGACUGGAAUCAUCAGGGACCAGAUAACCAUAGUGCUCCUUGUAAAUUUAAUCCACCUUCCUUUGCUUCUAUGGGACAAACCAUUCAGCCCAGACAGGAGCCAUGUAGCGGCCGAGCUAACGUGGCUAAUACUAAAGUUGCUGUCAGUCACAAAGACGGUUUAUUCACUUGGUACGUGUCAAACUGUUAAAAAUGAGUUUUGUGGCUGUUUCGUUAAUCGCCAAUUAGCAUAAAACGGCUAACUCGGUGCCAUGCAGCGGCCAAGCUAACGUGACUAAUGCUAAAGUUGCUGUUAUUCACAAAGACGGUUUAUUCACUUGGUAUUUGUUGUUAAAAAUGAGUUGCGUGGCUGUUUCGCUAAUCGCCAAUUAGCAUAAAACGGCUAAUUUCGGUGUCAUAGAGCAGUGAAGGAUGCUAGCCUGUUAGCUUAAUACUCAAUCCUCAAAAAGGCUUUUUCUGACAAUAAAAAACGAACAUUAAGCUGCAUUUAAAGGGCAUUUCAUGAUGGUACUCACUUACUCUUUGGUCCGGUUAUAACAUGCUGCCUUCAAAUGGAACAGAAUAGCGUUCGAUAGCCUCAGUAGUGGAACGCUGCUGCUAGGCAACGGCGUUCUCCCGAAACUAGCCGUGUUUCCACUAGGUUUGUACUAAACUAGGUUAAACUAGGUUAGUUUUCGAUCGUUGCGACGAAUUAAACACAGGAGACUCAGCUGUGGCCGCCGUCGCUAACUGUGCACAAAGUCAACAACUGAUAAACAAAGCAGCAUGGCUAAUUAUGCACAGCGUCUCCAUAAACAUUGUGAUUGUGAAUUAACCGGCAUCGCUAACUGUGCACAGAGUGUCCGGUGCUUGUUGUAAACAAACAGAGAUCGCUAAGUGAACACCUCCUGCAGCAGCAGCACAUACACACUGUACUGCUACAGAGCUAACUGUUAGCCUGUUAGCAAUCUGUAGACUGGACACUAAGGGGGUUAACAUCUCCUCCGGCUCUGCAGCUGGGAGAGACUGCUGCAGGAGGACUGAGCCGUUUCGACUCAUUCUUACUCUUCUUAACGAGCCGCCAGCUUGUUCAAUUAUGAGGAAUUUCUGAAAGUGUCUUGACUCAUAACAGGGUUCAUACAAAGUCUCUAAAGUCUGGAAAACACUUAGCAGAACACUUUUAUUAUUUUUCUUUUAUGAAAAUCAAGUCCUUUUUUUUCAAAGUGCAGCCUAUAUUCUCUCUACUUCACUCUAAACUUGAAAACUAAAUGUUUAAAUUAAGCAUUUAUUGGUGAUACAUUGACCAUAAUAUUUUCUUCAUAGUAUAAAAGUAAAUAUACUAUAAUUCAAAUAUACACCUUGAAAAAUGUUUGAUUUUUAAACAUCUUACGUACACCAAAAACAUUUUAAUUUGCUUUUAUAGUAACAAUUUAGAUGUGAUGAUAAAGGCAAAGAGAGUAUGUAGUUUCUUUUUGUUUUGGAACCUUGAAAGUGCUUUUAUUUACUUUAAAAAGUCGUAUACAAACCAUGUCAUGAACUUGAUACUUUCAGAAAAAUUUCCACUCAUAUGGUUAUGAAUAUCCCAAGAGUUUUCUCAUGAACAUAGUAAUAAAACUCCAUUUGAAGGCAGCAUUUGACAGGAAUUAGCUGUUGCUAAUUUGCAAACCUAGUAAAACACACUUACAAAAAUACAGUAAUAUUAUCUUGUUGGAGUUAAUUUUGGUGCCACAUGAAAUAUAAAGUGAUAACCUGCCUAAUCAAUACUGGAUCGGUUGGUUCGACGUGUAAAAUAAGCUUAUUGCAGUUGUCAUAACAGGCUGUAAUCAAAUACUGGUCAGUUUGUUUCACACUAAUCAUCCUUGUUAAACUGCUUACAGCCGCGAAAAUAUGUGAAAUUUAUUAAUAUAUGUAGCUGCCAUAUCUGUGUUAUUGUCAAUCUCAAUAGCACAAGCUUGGUCAAUAUGUGAAAUAAGUGUGUGACAAAUAUUAACAUCUAACAAACGCAUUUAUAAAGACGAUACGUGAGGGAGGAAGAGCUUCGACAGACGACCGACUCAGGCUUUAAUAAAUCUGAUAAAUAACACAGAAAAACACGCUGCUGCUGCAGCUCAAUCCAGGUUUCCUUCCCCACAACGAUACACAGAAACUACAAACACAGGGAGUGCCAUACACUGUCAAAUCGCUGAAUGUUGGGGAUUAAAAACAUAUCGUAGCAUUAUCAAUCGAUCAAAGUAUCAAAACGUUACUGACAUUCAACACGGGAGCAGAAAUCUGCUCUGAAACCUAUUUUUUGACCAAAAACCUUUCAUGUUACCUGAUCCUCUGAGCUGUGAGGCAACAAUUUGCACUUAGAAGAAGUUCACCUUCAUAAAAAGAAAAAAAAAGGCUUUGAGCCUGAAUGUAGGAUUUAAUUUCCUACUUGUUUUAUGUAUUUUCCUCAAUCAUUGUCUGUAUUUUACUAUUUAUCCUUUGAGAAAGGAAAUAUAUCAACGUGCCAUCACAUGUUGUCAUAUCUUGGUUUCAUUCCUGAAGGAAAAUAUUUUUGCACAAAAAAUGGUUGGAUGAUGUUUUUUUAAUUGUUAAUCGAUUUCUAAUCCAUGUGUGUUUUGAGUCUGUGUGUGUGUGUGUGAUUUUACAUUUUCUUUUAUACAUUUUUUAUUCUGUUAACAGAUUUUUAUAUUUUUUUCUUUCUCCAUAAUCUCACAACUCUUCUGAAUCUCAUGACAGACUGCAGCCUGGAAGCAAUAUUUUACCUUUAAUGGAACAUUUUCGACCCAUUUAUCCGACCAAAAAUCAGUGACCGAACGGAAAAUAAAAUGCUUCCCAACACCGCAGCACUUAAACAGGCUUCAGCUGUCAUGAAACUCAACCUGUAAAUGAUCAUUUAACUCUCUAACUUAUACCGGACAACAGAAAAAAGGAUCACAGGACGCUGAAACAGGCGUCCAGCUGUUCAACUAUUUCAGAAAACCAACCUCUGCAGUGCAUGAUUCUCAACCCAGUGUCAUUCUUUCUCUCCGAGGUGAUUUAAUUUAUGUAAAAAUGUUCCUCUGUCUGCUAUAAGAAAUGGCAGUAAUAAUUGUUUUAUGAAUUGUUUCAUGUUAUGGAUUGUUUUAUCGGUGGCCAUACUGAAUGUAACCUAUCGUGCGACAGAUCACUAACGAUGUAUGCAAGAAAAGCACUACCAUGUUUAAAUAAAGGCCUACUGCACUGUUUUUAAAACUACCG